GAGCCCAGCUGCAGCCUCGGCCACCUCAGUUGCAAAAGGUGUUGAAUCUGAAAGCAAAGGAGAGCAUGAGUGAGACAGGCGCGGAGCAGUAGGGAACGCCCCAGGACCCAGAGCAGAGCCAGGGUGCCACUGGAAACCUCCGACCUCUUCACUAGCAUGCGAGAAACAGCCGCCGCCGCCGCCGUAGAAGCAGCAGCAGCAGCUACUGCCACUGCCACUGCCACUGUCUUCUGUGUCCCUGAUCUCUUGUGAUCGGAGCUCCGGGCUUCCCUCUCAUUUUAUAGAUUUUCAUCCUCCCCCCUAACACCAAACGGAAUCGUUAUGCAGAGCGAAGGUGUAAAAGGGGGGAAAAAAGGAUUUCCCUGGGCUGGCAAGAUGCGCUCCAUCAGGAAGAGGUGGACGAUCUGCACGAUAAGUAUCCUCCUGAUCGUUUAUAAGACAAAAGAAAUAGCAAGAACGGAGGAGCAUCAGGAAACGCAACUCAUAGGAGAUGGUGAGCUGUGUUCCAAUAGACCACCAGUCAAUAGUUCUAAUAAAAUCAUUCGAAAAGGUGGAUCUUCAAUCUUUCAGCACUCUGUAGAAGGUUGGAAAAUCAAUUCCUCUUUGGUCUUGGAGAUAAGGAAAAACAUACUUCGCUUUCUGGAUGCAGAAAGAGACAUCUCUGUGGUCAAGAGCAGUUUUAAGCCUGGAGAUGUAUUGCACUAUGUGUUAGACAGGCGCCGUACCCUAAAUGUUUCUCAGGAAUUGCAUAGCCUCCUUCCUGAAGUUUCACCAAUGAAAAAUCGUCGAUUUAAGACAUGUGCAGUGGUUGGAAAUUCUGGGAUUCUGCUAGACAGUGGAUGUGGAAAGGAGAUUGACAAUCACGACUUUGUGAUAAGGUGCAAUCUAGCUCCUGUGUUGGAGUUUGCUGCAGAUGUGGGAACUAAAUCUGAUUUUAUUACCAUGAAUCCAUCAGUUGUACAAAGAGCAUUUGGAGGCUUUCGGAAUGAGAGUGACAGAGAAAAAUUUGUGCAUAGACUAUCUAUGCUGAAUGACAGUGUCCUUUGGAUUCCUGCUUUCAUGGUCAAAGGAGGAGAGAAGCAUGUGGAGUGGGUUAAUGCAUUAAUCCUUAAGAAUAAAUUGAAAGUGAGAACUGCCUAUCCAUCACUGAGACUUAUUCAUGCUGUCAGAGGUUACUGGCUGACAAACAAAGUACCCAUCAAAAGACCCAGCACUGGCCUCCUCAUGUACACGCUAGCUACACGAUUUUGUGAUGAGAUUCACCUCUAUGGAUUCUGGCCGUUCCCUAAGGAUUUAAAGGGAAAAGAAGUAAAAUAUCAUUACUAUGAUAACUUGAAAUACAGAUACUUUUCCAACUCAAGUCCUCACAGGAUGCCAUUGGAAUUCAGGACUUUAGAUGGGCUACAUAAUAGAAGAGCACUAAAAUUAACCACAGGAAAAUGCAUAAAGCAAUAAAGCACAUUUUUAAAAGACAACUCAAACUGAAUAUGCACUUCAUUCUGAGGAUGUUUGUAUGAGAAUAAGAUGCAGAACAGAAGAUAGGUUUCAGUAUCCACUAAGCUUCUUGGGGGGUUAAAGGGGGGACGGUUAUGAGACAUCCAUUACCAGCUGAUGAAAUGCCUAUGAAGUGCUCUAAAAAUUGUAUGUUUUGACUGCAAGGAUCCUAGUAAGUGCCACUUCUACUCAGAACACAGCUUGAAUGUAUAAUCAGCAGUGUUUACAAGAUCCAACAAUGCAUUUACAUUUAAUUAAAGAAGAUACAAAUGUGUUCAUUACUGCUGGACUGCCCCCACCACGUCAAGCACAUUUGAGGAAAAACUAAGGAAGACAACUCUGCCUUUGGGGAAAUCAGAACCUUCCUUGUCAGCAGAAACUGUGAUAGAGACAGUUAAGCAGGGCAACCCAUAAGAUCAAACAACUCAAGUAAAUGCCUUCAGUCAGGAGUUUGUGUCUAAUCAUGUAUUAUAAACUAACAUUUGUUUUCAUUGUUCUUUUCUUCUGGCAUCUAUUUGCUUUGGUAUUUUACAGAUCUUGAAAGAUCCUAAACAGGAUGAUAUGUACAGGGGGAAAAAAGAAAACUAAGAAUUGUCAAAAAAUGUUUUUAAAGUUAUUUUUAGAGAUCUUAGAAAUGCUCAGAAUGUUUAAUAAUGAACAACUGUAAACCUCUAAAUUAUUUUGGAUGAUGAAAAGGUACCAGCUAAACUAUCCAAACAGUAAUCUUGAGCCAUUCCAAACGGGAGAUUUCAAUGUCUAUGCCAUCUGCAAAGAUAACAAUUAACAAGGAGUUAUCCUUAUGUUUGGUACCAAAGAAUAUACUGAUUUUUCUAUGUAAGUAAUGUUUCUCUUCAUUGAAGUGAUUAAUUUGUUUAAGUACUGUGUUGUUAUAUGAUUGAUUUGAAAAUGCUAUUCAAAUAUUUUUAAUUAAGAAAGAUAAUACUUUAUAUUUUGUUUCAAUGAUGACCUGAAAAUUUCUUAUAUUUCCUAACACAUUUCUGAGCAACAUUUUGCUCUUCUAAAUGGAAUGUUUGUUAAAUAUCAUGAAUUAAAACUUGGGCUCAAGUGGUUUAAGGAUUCCCUUACUUAAGUGAGGAUAUUAGCAUUGCUUAAUUUCCUCUGUAAUACAAAAAUAAUAUGAUCUAGAGUGUGUUGAUAUCCUAGAAGUGGUAGAUAAUUUUAUGCAAGUUGACAAAGAAUUUCUAUAUCAAUAUUUUGCAAUUCAAAGGAAAUAAGUAACCUAGAACAUGUAAUAGUUAAAUUAGUCAUGAUUUCACUUUAGGAAAUAAGAAAUGAGAAAAGAAUAUGAAAUGAGAUAAUAAAUAAAGCAAAAUACAUUUUUUAUUUAAAUAAGUAGUAGAGUUGGGCAAUUUGCCCGUCAUCUGUUAGCUUAAAUCAUGUUGUUAAAUAAUUUGGAACUUUAUUGCUUUUUUGGAAAUAAAAUAGGAAAAGUU